AUGCUCGAGUCACCUCAGCUCAUGUCAGCCUGCCUCGCCUUAUCUGCCGCAGGCCUCCUAUCCCGAGGAACUCUAGAAAUGGAUGGCGUCCAAGUAUUGUCGAUUCUAGGCCACUUGCAAACCUCGGGUCUUGCGUUAUUGCGAAAUGCCCUCGGGACGGGACAGAUGGUUGAGACAUUGCUAGCCACGUGCCUUGUUUGGUGCCUCACAGAUGUCUUUACACAUCGCGAGGGCAUGUCGUCCUGGCGAGUCCAUUUGCAGGGCAUCAAGGCUCUUCUAAACACAACAGAAGCUCAUGGCGAUAGUAUCCCCGCACCUGGUUCCAUCCAGUCAGCCAUGAGGCAUCUAUACCAACUAUAUCUGUCGCUUCAGACACUUCCGUACAUCCCGAACUUGGAAUCAACAGACACACCAGCGCGCUUGGGCACGCAACCCUCCCCAAUGUUUCAAUGGGCAGCCAUAGCCAGCCCCGAAAUAGACGGCUUCCUCGGCUACAGCAACGAGCUACUAGAUGUCUUGCAACAAAUCGACCGGCUGUCACAGCUCGACACUCACGGAGAGGCACAAAGAUUCGAGACCGACAUGCUUCUCGGCAAGCUCAAAGGAAUGAUGCUGCGCGACGCCAAAACCCCGCCGCACAUCUCGAUCGGCAUCCCCUUGUCGGCGGAACACGGCCGCGAUUUCGCGCUCUGCCACCAAACCUUUCAGCAAGCAACCCUGAUUCACCUGUACAGACGACUAUACCACCUUCCGUCGGGGUCUCUGCCGAUCCAAGCUGCGGUGCGCUCCAUGGAGGAAAUGGUCAGCAGUAUGAUUCAGGGACAGCCAUGCCACACUUGGGUCGCCAUGGCCAUGCCGCUCUUCACUCUCGGCUGUGAGGCGUACACUAAGGAGAGGCAGCUCUUUGUAUUGGACAAGAUCAACAAGCUCGAGGAGUGUAUUGGCUCGCUGCACGUCAAGCUCAUCAGGCAAGCGUCAAGGGAUGUGUGGAAAGUCCGGGAGCGGCUGGGAGAUGGUCGAGGCGCCUUGUGCGCGCAUCAACUCUUGAAUGAAUUACAGUACAACAUUAUUCUUUUCUGA